GAGGGUGAACGAGCAACGUUUAGUGCUGUGAGAGAGAAAGAUCAAGAAAGACUGUGAAAUCAAUAGGUGAGAUGGACGGUCCAAGAAGGCUAUACGCCAAUUGAUUACAAUAUUGGCUAUGUAUAAGGCGUAAGUGAAAUCGGUGGAUGAAGAGUCAAUAAGUGCAUGGGAUGAGCAGAGCUGAAACCUACAUUUAUCAUCAGAAUGGGACUCACUCAAUUCAUCAUUACUUUCUUAGUUCUAUGUUCAUCCGUUCACAGCAAAGACGAGACAGAUCUGCAGUGUACAGUGAAUCAGCACAAGCAAGUAACUUGUUUAUGGCAUCAGCACGGGGUCCAGAAGGAAAACUACACUCUGAAAUACUGGUUUGAUAAUAAGGAGGACUCAGCUGUACUUUGCCCUAAGUACCUGCUAAAUGAAAGCGUACAUGUUGGCUGCUGGAUCCAGGAACCCAUUGAAACGUUCACACCAUUCACUGCCUUGCUAAUCAGCAGCAACUUGGAAAAAACUGUCCAAAAAAAAUACAGUCAACCACAAAAUUUCGUAAAGCUAGAUCCCCCCAAUGGAUUGCAAGUUUCGAAUACAAGUAGUAUGGAGCUGAUUCUGAAAUGGGAUGUAUCUAACAGUUCUUAUCCCAACAGAUGCAUUGAGUUCCAAGUGCAAUAUCAAAGCUCGACAGAUAGAACAUGGACGGUGAAGGAGGCGUCCACCUUUCUAUUCUCGUUACCCAGUUAUGACCCCGAGAAAAUGUACACAUUUCACGUGAGAAGCAAACUUAGUAAUUCUUGCUCCGGAGCGAAAACAUGGAGUGAGUGGAGUGUGGGGGUUUCCUGGGGGAGAAACACCACAAUAAUUGCUGGCCAGCUUGAACCAAAUCAAACACCUGACUUGAAAAGUCUCCUAAUCUACCUUAUGUCCACAUUUGUGCUGGUGGUCCUUGUGAUUAUUCUGAUUCGAGUAGAGAGAAUUUGGGUGAUUUUUGUGCCCAGAAUUCCGAACCCUGGAAAAAAUUUUGAAGAUCUUUUCAGCACCCACGAGGGAGACUUUCAGAAAUGGCUUGGAGUUUCCAAGGACGUUGUGGAGAGUUUGAAGCACAAUUAUUCCGAGUCUCUAUGCACUGUGACUGAGGAUUCCGAUUGCAAUGGGGGAGAGGCUAAAACCUUAGCACCUGUCUGAUCCACCAGACUACACCAGGACGAGGGGAAUGUAACUUUGCAGGGAAGGGGUAGGGAACUUGGAAUAGAAGAAACCUGAGAUCGAUUGGAUAAUAACUCAUUUUGCUCAGGAGUGACUAGCUUGGAAAAGUUCUGUUUGCGGUGUGGAAUAAGAUCCGAAAGUUGGGAUGAUAGCAAAUGUGUGAUCCUCAGUUCAAAGUCCUUACAAAGUGACUGGUACUGCUUUAUAUUGCCUUCUUUCUAAUGUCAGUAUAUGACAUUGAUAUCUGUCUAUCUAUAUUUAUCUGUAUCUGUCUGUCCUGGCGCUUAGGUAAAGAAUAAACAAGGUGUGCAAGGCUUUCUAUCUUAUGGGUUGUUGGUUUUUUCCAAUAUGACGUUUUUUUAUUUAUUUUGGUAUGCAUUACAAGCUACAAGAGCGCAAUAAUUGGUAGAAUAUGUGGUGUGAUGAGU